AAAAUUGAUUAGAAACCUAUAAGUAGAACAGUUAAUUAUAAAUAUUUUUCUAAAUCUGUUUUAAUGUUUGAUUUACUUUGUAUUGAUUCUUUAAAACCAUUAGGAUGUUGGCAAGCUCUCGGCAUGGAAAGCGGUGCAAUCACUGACAAUCAAAUUCAAGCUUCUUCUCAGUGGGAUUCCAGUCACGCCCCCUUCCAGGGUAGACUACACUUUCAAGGAAGCUUUUUUAAAGCGGGAUCUUGGUCUGCUCGCAGAAAUGAUCUUCUCCAAUGGCUCCAAAUUGACCUGGGUAGCCAGUACACUAAAGUGACUCGUGUGGCAACGCAAGGAAGAAAUGCUCACAGUCAGUGGGUGACCAGAUACAAACUGAUGUACAGUAACGAUGGACUGAACUUCCAGUACAACUGGGACCAAGGAAAACCUGCAGAUGGGGAUUUUGCUGGAAACACAGACGCAGAUACUAUCAUUUUUAACGAACUAAACCCACCAAUCAGAGCCCGUUUCAUCCGUUUCCAACCACAGGCUUGGUAUGGGCACAUAUCGAUGAGGGUGGAGCUGUAUGGCUGUCCAGCUUGUCUUGGCGCUCUUGGCAUGGAAGAUGGCUCAAUCUCUGAUGGUCAAAUAAGUGCUUCUUCGCAAUGGGAUUCCAGUCAUGCCGUUAUCCAUGGCAGACUUCAUUUUAAAGCAACUUCAGGCAAAGCGGGAUCUUGGUCUGCUCGCAGCAACGAUGUUAACCAAUGGUUCCAGAUUGAUCUGGGAAGUCGGCACACUGAAGUGACACGUGUAGCAACGCAAGGAAGAAAUAAUUCCCCCCAGUGGGUAACCAAGUACAAACUGCAGUAUAGUAACGAUGGAGUGAACUUCCAGUACUAUAGGGACCAAGGAAAAACUGCAUAUAAGAAUUUUACUGGAAACAUCGACCAGGACACUGUGGUAUAUCAUGAAUUAAGCCCGCCAAUCAAGGCACGUUACAUCCGCUUUCUACCGCAAGCUUGGGCUGGCCACAUAUCAAUGAGAGUGGAGCUGUAUGGCUGUCAAGGUACUGCAGGCUUUCCUCCAUCAUUUUUAACCUUUCAAAGGCUAUUCAAGUUUGAAACGAGCUAUUUAGUAUUUUAUUGAUGUGUGUGUUCUGUUAUGGAGACUAUUUACCGGUUGCUUCAAGUUCACAAAAUAACAAAAUACCGAAGGCAUGGCAGAGAGCU